UUGAGUCAGCGAACCAAACGGUAAACGUCAGUCAUUCACGCCGGAGAUCACGCGCCUUCACGCGGCUUCCACUGCGCGGCCAACCCACCAACUGGUCUGGAUCUUUUUUUGAGUUUUUCUUUUUUGGCGUCCUCGGCCUCGCUGUUGAUUUGAGUCGGACGGGAGGUGGACAAAAGUAUUGGGACAUUAGGAGAGAUUGUUUUUAAGAGGGGAAAGGACGCGCACCUGGAACUGAGGGCAACAACACCAUGCCUCAGACACCACACAGCACCGGAGGCUACAACAAAAACCUCUAUCAGGCCAAGGAUGAAGUCUACUCUGGACUCUACUACCAUGACAAUAACCUGGUGUCCGGAUCCUUGGAGGCCCUUAUUCGACACCUACUCCCCACAGUCGACUAUUAUCCUGAUAGAACAUACAUCUUCACAUUCCUGUUGAGCUCGCGCCUCUUCAUCCACCCGUACGAGCUCAUGUCCAAAGUGUGCCACCUGUGCGUGGAACAGCAACGACUCGGCGAUCACCAAGCAGAUAAGACACGACUGAGGAAGAUUGCACCAAAGAUUCUUCAACUGUUGACAGAGUGGGCGGAAACCUUUCCGUAUGACUUCCGGGACGAGCGGAUGAUGCGCAGCCUGAAGGAGCUAACGCAUCGGCUUUCCACAGGAGACGAGAUUUACAGGAAGGCUGUGAGCCAGCUGAGCCAGGGUUUAAUCCGGAGGUUGACUGUACUCAGCCAGUACGAAGAGGCUCUGGUCAAGAUCAAUACCACGGUAGCCGAGCGCCUCACUGUCCUCAAGGCCAAACCCCAGGCCGCUCUCCAGAGGGACAUCUUGUCCAUUUGUAACGACCCUUUCACCGUGGCCCAGCAGUUGACUCACAUAGAACUGGAGAGACUCAGCUACAUCGGGCCUGAGGAGUUUGUCCAGGCAUUUGUCCAGAAAGAUCUGGUUGACAACGACAAGAGUCGUUUCAUUGAGCACAAGAAGGUCACCAACCUGGAGGCCUAUGUGGAUUGGUUCAACAGGCUCAGCUACCUGGUGGCUACAGAGAUCUGCACGCCUAUAAAGAAGAAGCAGCGUGCGCGGGUGAUGGAUUUCUUUAUUGACGUGGCGCGCGAAUGCUUCAACAUUGGCAACUUCAACUCACUUAUGGCCAUUAUCUCUGGGAUGAACAUGAGUGCCGUGUCCCGCCUGAAGAAAACUUGGAGCAAAGUCAAGACGGCCAAGUUUGACAUCCUUGAGCACCAGAUGGAUCCGUCCGGAAACUUCUACAACUACAGGACUGCGCUUCGCGGCGCCACCCAGCGGUCCGUAACUGCUAACAGCAGCAGAGAGAAAAUUGUCAUCCCAUUCUUCAGCCUGCUCAUCAAAGACAUCUAUUUCUUGAAUGAAAGCUGCGCCACGCGGCUGCACAACGGGCACAUCAACUUUCAGAAAUUGUGGGAGUUGGCCAAACAAGUCAGCGAGUUCAUGAGCUGGAAGAAGGUCGAGUGUCCCUUUGACAAGGACCGCAAGAUUCUGCACUAUCUGCUCACGGCACCCGUCUACACUGAAGAUGCUUUGUAUCUGGCGUCGUACGAGAGCGAAGGUCCGGACAACAACAUGGAAAAAGACAGAUGGAAGUCUCUCAGAUCCACGCUGCUAAAUCGAGCAUAAACAUCUAACAUGGAGAAGACCCAAGAAAGUUAAACGUGUGUGUGUGUGUGUGGGGGGGGGUAUCCUCCAUGUGUGCGAGGAAACCCCACAGGCUACUUUUUGCGUUACGCACAUUGCUACUACGCCAAUGGCGUUUUUUUCCAAUUCUUUGUAAGACUUUUGAGUCUCCUUUUCUACAAUGUUAUCUCAUUUUGAGUGUGCGGGGCUAUGCGCUAGCUGCUGGUUGGCUAACGCGCCCGAUGCCACUUUUUCCCCCUUCUUUGUAUUCUUCGAUGCGCGGGCUGCAUUUCUUAAGACUGUGACGCUAGCAUGUUAGCAUUAUAACACAGUGCAUAAGCUACACACGUCAGCAUUUUGAUGCUCAUUAUUGUUGUCUUUUCACCUGCUUGAGUUGUUCAAAAGACAUUCUUUACACAAGUAUACAUUUUAUUUAUGCAGCCAUCAUUAUUUACCUUAUUUAAUUAUGAUGUCAAAUAUGAGAUUAUGAUUUCAGGUUCAAACUCCUGUGAAGCUUUUAUGUUGUGACUUUUUUGUGGGCAUAAUGCAAACUUUUUCCCUUUGUUAUCCUCACCUGUGUCCAAAUUAUCUUUUUGUCACCAUGUGAAAGAAUAAAAACAUGUAUGGUUACAUUUUGGUCUCAUUAU